AGAAAGACUACUAAAGUUUGUCAAUUCUUUUUAUUUAUAUUUAUUCGCCUGGAUAGUUUAAUAUUUACGUGGAUAAGUAAUUCAAAAUGGAUUUUGCCACGGUGUUCGUUAUUUGGUAUCAAACCUUAUUAUAACUCGGAAAUCAAAGAACCAGGGCAGAUUAACCGUUUAUAAAAAAAACACAAACAGUGAAAAUUCUUUGAUAUAUAUAUUAUAUAUUUAUAUAACUAAAAAGACGAAAAAAUAUAAUAGUGUUCAGUAUCUUGUUAUAUUCUAAAGAGGAUUAAAGAAUUGAAAAUCAUCAACAUAGCUUCAACUGAAAAACAUUUAGACGUAUUUGUGCAUCGUGAAUUAGCUUAAACAAACCCACAAAAUAAUGGCUUUACGCUGUGUUUGUUAGAGAAAUUUUGUUUCAGAGAAUAACUAUAUUUCUGAUAACCUCUUCUAAACACUAUGAGGUUGCGAUUUAUUAAAUUGAUUUUUAAAUUAGGAUUAUUAUUACCAUUAAUAUGGUUUAUAUACUUAGCUCUAGCUUUGAUGUUCGGAGACCCAGGUGACCUUUUCCCAAAAUUUAAAAAUGACUUAAACGGAGAGAAUAAUUUGCACAUCGGGAAAAAGAUUAAAGAAAAAAAUCUGAUAAAUUUAAAAAAUAAUAAUGAUUUACAGGAAUUAGACUUUAAAAAAUUAAAGGAACAAGAGCAGUUAGUGGCACAUGUUGAAAAUCCAAAUAAAGACAUUGAUGAAAAUGAACAUGAGAUACAUAAAGAGGAAAAGAAAAAUAUUGAUUUGAAAGAUUUAAUUCAACCGGCUGACAUAUUGCUAAAAAGAGUAAAGGACGAUGAAAAUAAUGACAUCGAAAAGGCGCGGGAAAAGUUAAUCAAUGAUGGCGGUGGGGUUGUGAGGGCCAAUGAUAAAGUUGAGGAAGUAGUAGAGGUAUUUAAACAGGGUGAUCUCAUUCCAGAGGACGAGAAAAAAGCCCCCGGUGAUCUAACUGGCCCUGGAGAAAUGGGUAAAGCUGUUGUUAUGAAGAGAGAUGAUUUAACCGAGACAGAGAAACUUUUGUGGGACGAAGGUUGGAAACGCAACUCAUUUAAUCAGUUUAUAAGUGAUAAAAUAUCUUUACGGCGAACACUUAAUGAUACCAGAAUACAAGAGUGUAAAGAUAAACAAUAUCCCAAAAACUUGCCAGAUACUAGUGUUAUUAUUGUCUUUCAUAAUGAGGCUUGGUCCACUCUGCUUCGCGGAGUACAUAGUGUUAUAGAUAGAUCACCACCAUCUUUAUUAAGAGAAAUAAUUUUAGUUGAUGAUUUCUCGGAUAUGGAUCAUUUGAAAAGACCACUAGAAAAGUAUGUAGCUCAGUUACCUAAAGUUCGGUUAAUCCGCGCAUCUAAAAGGGAGGGCUUAACUCGUGCUAGAAUCAUUGGAUUUGAAGCCGCUAAAGCACAGACUCUAACAUUCCUUGACGCCCACUGUGAAUGUUUUCCAGGUUGGUUGGAGCCCCUUCUAUCAGAAAUUGCCUAUAAUAGAUUUACAGUGCCAAUACCGGUACUACAAGUCAUUAGUGAAUUUACAUUUGCUUUGACCUGGCGGAAACAAAGAUCUAGAAUGAUCGGCGGUUUUCAAAUGGACACUUUGAAUUUUGACUGGGCUUCUAUUCCACAACGAGAGUUGGACCGCCGCAGAUCAGACGCCGAUCCAAUAAGGUCCCCAACUAUGCCCGGUGGCUUGUUUAGUAUAGAUAAGGCAUAUUUUAGAAAGAUUGGUGCAUAUGAUCCCGGUUUAGAUUAUUGGGGUGGCGAGAAUAUGGAACUAUCUUUUAAGGUGUGGAUGUGUAACGGAACAAUUGAAGUAGUCACUUGUUCAAAUGUGGGUCACGUAUUUCGUAGUAGAAAUCCGAUUCGAUGGAUCAGUACCAAAACAAAUGUCGGCAAAAGGAAUUCUGUGAGGGUAGCUGAAGUGUGGAUGGACGAGUAUAAAAAAUAUUUUUACGAGAGAAUCAACAAUGACGUGGGUGAUUAUGGUGAUGUUUCCGACAGGAAAAAACUACGAAAAGAUCUCAACUGUAAAUCAUUUGAUUGGUAUGUUAAAAAUGUCUACCCAGAACUCAAUGUGCCAAGGGAUGCUGUAAAAACAGGGGAGCUUGUGAAUGAAGGAAUUCCCAGAUGUGUUGAUUCUAUGGGAGACAAAAGACAAGCAGCUUUAUACCCCUGUCAUCACCAAGGAAAUAACCAGUUUUGGCAGUUAACAGAACGUGGUCAGAUAAGACAAAAAGAGCGUGUAUAUCUGUGUAGUGAUAAUAAACAAGGUGUGAGAAUAUCAGCAAGAUGUACAGGAAAUCCAGAAUGGGUGUAUCAAGAUAAUCUGACACUUAUGAAUCCUGCUAGUGGAUUAUGUCUUCGGGCCAAGAUUGGGGGGAACCCUGAUCUUUUACUGACUAAAUGUGAAGAGAACAAGUGGCAGAGAUGGCGAUUUUUAUUGAAAGAAUUACCCUCUUGAAUAAAAUGCAUUUUUUUUACA